AUGGCGUUCAAUCUUCCAUCUCAACACCGCGCCCUCGUGCUCGAAAGCAUCGAGGCUGGCUUUCAGCUUAAAUCGGUUCCGACACCACAGCUGAGCGAAGGUAGCGCCAUCGUUCGCAUCGAAGUGUCUGGAGCAUUAUCGUACUUUCGCGAGAUCUACAAUGGAGAGCUCCGAUACUCGUUUCCCACACCGAUUGUGGGCGGUUUCAGCGCGAUUGGCCACAUCGUCGCACUCGGACCAGAUGCAACGGUCCUGCAGCCCGGGCAACUCGUGUUUGUCGAUUGCGUCGUUCGUGGACGGGAUGACCCCAGCGCUCUUUUCCUAACGGCGAUUCAUGACGGAGGCAGUGAUGCCAGUAAGAAACUGAUGGGAGAAGUCUGGCGCGAUGGAACACUCGCUGAGUUUGUCAAGGCGCCGCUGGAAAAUUGCAUCCCGCUUGACGAAACGAGGCUGUGUCAAGGUUUGGGCUAUUCCGUCCAGGACUUGAUGUAUCUUUGCUACCUCCUAGUACCGUAUGGCGGGCUACGGGAUAUCAAGCUCGAGCCGGGCGAGACAGUUGUUGUGUCUCCGGCGACUGGCGGUUUUGGUAGCGCGGGUGUGAUGGUUGCAAUUGCAAUGGGCGCCAGGGUGAUUGCUUUGGGUCGAAACGAGACUAAGCUGGCGAAAUUGAAGGAGCAUGUGAGGAGGGGAACACCUGGGGCAAAUAUUGAGACGGUGAAAGUGACCGGAGAUGAGCGCGCGGACACUGCCGCAGUAGCAGCCUUUGGCAAGAUCGAUGCCGCAUUGGACCUUUCACCGCACGGCGCUGCCAAAUCGACCCACUUGAAGAGCGUUGUGAACGCGAUGCGACAGAAUGGAAGAUGCAGUUUGAUGGGCAUGGCCGAGGUUUCCAUACCAGCCUGGACGGUCGUUAGCAGUAACAUUUCAUUCCGUGGUAAGCUGAUGUACGAAAGAGAUGACAUACUGCAGUUUAUCAAGAUGCUAGAAAGAGGCAUGUUUCCAAAGGGAAAAGAUUUUGUGACUACAAAGGCUUUUGGUCUGGAGAAUUGGAAAGAAGGCUUCGAAACAGCAGCAGACUACAUUGGUGUUGGUCAGACGGUAGUAUUUACACCGUGA